UACCGCGAUGUGGACCUAUGGGGUGUGGAACUUCCUGUUGCCUGUCCGCCUGUGGUUGAACUUCCCCAGCCGGCGAUCAGACGUGUGGCGCUCGACCGCUGACUAGCGAUCCGUGGCUACAAACGGUAGCUCGUUCCGUGCCUCCCUCGCCCUCCCCCUCCCGCACUCCACCGGUUCGACGAAUAUUCCCAGCCGAACUAUAAAGGCCCGUCGGCGAUCGGCCGCCCACUUCGAGUGCCGAGAAAGAUGCUGAAGGCUUUGGCUCCAGCGAACGCCCUCCACGGGCUCCGGACGCCGCGAUACUCCGGCCUUAUUGUCUGCUCGUCCUCCGCCUCCCGCCGCUCCCCCGGCCGGCGCCGGGCCGUCGCCCCCUCCGUCCGCCGUCCCGCCGCCGAUCGCUGCUCCCUAUGGAGCCACCGCGAUUCGUCCACGAUGAGGCCGCGACCCGAUGAGGGCGCUUCCCCCUCCGCUCCUGCGGUUCACGACGGGCUGGAGUUGUUCCUGGAGCUGGUCUCGCCUAGGAUGAGGCGAGAUCUCGAGCGACACGAGGAGAUCCGGGAGCUCAUCGAGGUGGUCAUGGAUUUGGGGAGGAAGCCCAUCGCGCGAUUCCCGUCCGGCGAUUGGAUCAUGUCUGAACACCCCGUUGGCGUCGAAGACCUUCGCCAAGCAAUUUCUAAGGUGGGUGGCUUUUCGGAUGACAACCGAUCCGGUAUCGACCGCUCCUUGCACCGCAUUAGCGCCAUUAGGAACCGGAAGAUGCAAAUCAUCGGCCUCACCUGUAGAGUUGGCCGGGCUAUCGCCGGGAGCGCAGAGAUGAUCCGUGAUUUAGUUGAAGAUGGAGGUUCUAUCUUAGUGAUUGGCCCUCCUGGAGUUGGGAAGACUACGUUGAUCAGAGAAAUAGCUAGAGUUUUGGCAGAUGAAAAGAUGAAACGAGUGGUCAUAGUAGACACAUCCAAUGAAAUUGGAGGUGAUGGAGAUGUACCUCAUUCAGGAAUUGGUCUCGCAAGGAGAAUGCAAGUUCCAAACGUUAGCAUGCAACACAAUGUCAUGAUUGAAGCAGUUGAGAAUCAUAUGCCCGAGGUCAUUAUAAUUGAUGAAAUUGGAACAGAACUUGAAGCUAUGGCAGCAAGUACUAUAGCUCAAAGAGGAGUUCAGCUUGUUGGAACAGCUCACGGGGUAACAAUUGAGAGCAUAAUUAAAAAUCCUUGCCUACAGACACUUGUUGGUGGGAUAGAGAGUGUGACACUUGGUGAUGAAGAAGCUAGAAAAAGGAAAGUGCAAAAGACAAUACUUGAAAGAAAAGGACCACCUACAUUUACCUGUGCUGUUGAGAUGAUAUCAAAAACUGAGUGCCGAGUUCAUCACAAACUAGAAGCUACAGUAGACGCCAUUCUAGCAGGGAAAACUCCUCCCUUUGAAACACGUAAGAUUGAUCCAAAAGGCGAAUUGAGCAACUCUUCUCCGGCUCCACAGGAGUUUCAUGAAGAGGAACCAUUUGUUAGUUCUAAAAAGGAUGUUGAUGAUGGAAAUGACAAUGCUGGAUAUAACAAGAAAGCAAGAAGCAAUUCAUAUACACCAAGGAGAUCGCCAGUUCGUGUUUAUACUUUUAAGACUUUGGAAGCUGACCUGCUGCAAGUAGCAACUGUGAUGGGCUAUGAGGAUGAUAUUCAUGUGACUGAAGACAUUGGAACAGCAAAUGCAAUUUUAGCAUCAAGUUCCGAAAUGAAGCAAAAUCCUUGGAUUCGCAGUGUCGCAAAGUUCCACCACCUGCCUGUAUUUGUAAUCAAGAAGAGUACAAUGGCACAAAUGGUGAAGGCAGUUAAGAUGAUCCUAGGGGUCAAUGGGUUUGGAUCCAGACUAAAUGCACCGUCAAUCUUUAUCGACAAAGACAUAGAAGUGGAAGAUGAUGCACCUAAAAGAAAACCUACAUUGGAGGAAAUUGAUGCUCUGGAGGAGGUUCGAAUGGCUAUCGAGUACAUUGUAAUUCCUGGCGGAGAACCUGUAGAGCUCCUCCCAAGAUGUUCCGAGAUAAUUACUCGUCAACUUGAGCUCGUCGAAAGCUACCAAUUGGCCGCAAAGAGAUCAGGAACAGAGCUGAACUCCAGGCUGCAGAUUCUUCCCACGAAGGUCAAUAAGAACAGCUCAUCCGCGAAGAGCCCUGGAGUGCAUUUAAGCGAGCAAGCACAAGAGAUGGAUCUUAAUUCUCUACACGGAUGGAAUUCGGGUUCUAGUGUACCUCGUCUUCCACUUUUGCCUGAUAAUUAGUAACUCUCACAUGGUGAAGCUCUUGUCUUGUACAGUGAUGUAUAUAUAUCAGAUUCUGAAGCUUAUUCUUCACAGCAACUGUAAAUUUAUAUCAUUCUUUUAAAGGGGAAAUUAGCUCGCGCA